AUGAAAGUACAUCCCUCCAGCUUUGAGGACCACCACAACAGCAUCAGUGAUGAUUCCAGUAGCGAUGGUGUUUCAUUGUUGUCCAACUCGAAGAAUGGAGUGUUUGAAAGAGUUGCUUCUUUUUGUUGUUCCAUUCGAUUUUGUUUAAUCAAUGUCUUUCUGAUAUUGAUUGUGAUUACAACGUUUCUGACAACAGCUGUUUGGGUUGGGAGCUUUUCAAGUAGCCUUAAUACAGUCUCUGCACAAAAUAGGCAAUUUGAGUUUGACAACAUUAUUUUCUAUGUAGACAAGACUUUGAAUGAUGUGGUCAAUGUGGUGGAGACUUAUAAAAGAAAUUUGAUGGAUGAUCCUUCCAUCUAUUUGAAUUACACAAGAAUGGAGUCUUCUUUAUACAAAUGGUACAAAUCGGAAUUGAAUUUACAUGCAUCGACCAUGGUUUCUCUCUACGUUGGUGAUCCACAAGGUAACUGUGGUUGUAUGAUUCAUUUAGGAACGGAUCACAUGUGGCUGGUGAAUAAGUUUGGAGACAUUGCCUUGUUUUAUAAUUGCGAACAAGUGGAUCAAGUGGAUGACACUUGUCACAGAUCUGUCAAUGAAACAUUUUCUGCAGAUCCUUUUACAAUGGUUAAGAUCUUGGAAACAGCAAACAAACACCCAAAUGAUUCUGCGUAUACCUUGUCGUAUGCCGAUUUGGCAACUCCCAAUAUUGUUUUCCUUUCAUUAAUCUCAAGCAUUGCAAAUCCCAAUCCUGUCCAUGGUCAACCACCAUUUAUGUCCUAUGUUGGCUAUGAUUUGAGUACAGAAACUGUUUCAAACUUUCUUGGCCGUCAAUUGGAUCAGGUGGGAGCUGAGGCCUUUAUUUUGGAAAUGAAAACCAAUUACAUUAUUGCCUCCAAUCAUCCAGAAAUUCCUGUCAAUGAAUGGGACUCGAAUGGAACGCUUUACAGGAAAACACCAUUUACCUUUCCUGUCAAAGAAGUGAAUGUCAUUUCAAAAGAUCUUCUUUCAUCCUUACCAAGACAUGAUUUUUCUGACAUUGGUUGUGGUCAUUAUGCUAAACUAGCUCUAUUUCAUCGAUUUGUAACUGCAUACAGAAUGUGUAAUUCCUACGAUGUGGAUUGGCUCAUUGUCUAUUCGGUACCCACUUGGAAUUAUUUUGGAAGUUUAAUCGUUGGUAUCAUUGUUGCUGCUAUUUCAACCAUGUUGAUUCUAAGUGUUGGUGUCUCGAUAGGAAUCAUGACUUCUGUUCGAAUCAUUCGACCUAUUCAUAAUUUAAUUGACCUCUUUCAUCAAGUCUCUGCCAUGCAAUUAGAAUCUCUUCAUGUCUUGCCAUCGAAUUUCAGUGAAGUGAAAGAAAUUCAAAAACACUUUGCAUUCAUGGUGAAGAAAAUUUUAGCCUAUCGAGCGUUCAUUCCAUCUCAUCUGUUAUCCAAGAUGGAUGAAGAUCAAGUAACCACCACUGAACAUGUGGUCACACCCAUCACAAAGGAACAAGUCAACAAACACACACCAACCGUUCCAAGUGACGACAAACAUGACAAACAGCAGCAUCCACUUUCAGAAUCUUCCAGUAGUCACGAGUGGGUAGGAGGGAUGUCAUCCUCUCUCCGCUCCCAUCAUGCAUCCACAAAGAAUUUGUUUGCCUUGGGUUUGGAACAGAGACCCGUCACCGUGUUGGCCAUUCAAUUCGGAGGUUUGAGUCUUGUCUUCUCAAGUGGAAAAUUAAGUGACAGCGUUUCCAUGAUUUCUGAUUGGUUUGAAUUGAUUCAAUCUUGUUGUAAAACAUCUUUUGGACAUGUAGGAAACUUUCAAAAUGAUAUUCUCACUAUUUCUUGGAAUGCUACUUUUCAACAAGGUAAACAUGAAUGGAAAGCUGCCUCUUCGGCUGACAUGAUUCUAAAACGUAAGAAAACAGUGAUGGAUAAAUGGAGCAAGUUGUUGACAAGUGAAUCGAAUGACAUCAAAAUGGCUCUUUGUACACAAGCGUGUAGUACCGGAAAUGUUGGAUGCGAAUCCAGCAAACAACAAGUGAUUCUUGGAAGUAUUUUCACAAAUUUACAAUCAUUGCUCAAAAUUUCACACAAGUUCAAUAUCUCCUUUGUGGCCUCUGAAAAUGUUCAGAAAUGUCUCGAGUCCUACUUCAUGACAAGAAUGGUUGCAAUGACUUCAUUAUUGAGAGAUGAGGAUUAUGAGAGCGUUGGUACUUGUGGCGUUGAAUUACGUGCUUGUAUUCAUUCGAAGGUUUAUGAAAUUGGUGAAUCAUCAAAACAAGUGGAGGAUGAAUGGAUGUAUGAACUUUCUGAUAAAGAAAAGAAAAACAAAUGGCUCCAUUACAAUCAAGCGUGUACCUUACUCAUGGAUAAACAAUUCGAGGCAGCACUUGAAAAAUUUUCUCAACUCUCCAAUCCGGAUGGUCCAACGAGUCACAUGAUUGAGCAAUGUAAAGCAAGAACCAUUCAGAUUCUUUAA